GUGAAACACAUCCCCACUCUUGGGUACCUUUUCCUUCACUUAUUUUUCUCACUUGCAGCGGAACCGGCGCGAAUACGUUCGUGCGACCAAUGUGUAAUACCAACGAAACAAAGAACUUCUUAAGUUUAUUAGUCAGCAAAGGCUAAGCGUUUGAAGACGUCGUUUUCUUUUUGUCCGUCGCCACGCCUGUUACAGUGUUAUAUGCAGUUUGAUUACUUUCUGUUCAAUUAUUACUAUGUGCGUGUAUACCGGCGGUCGACUUAAACUUUAUCGAGAUUGCUGAGAGAUUUCCUGCGACACUGCAGGUAAGCUCCUGCAAUUAUGGCCUUCAACAACGAUCCGAGUACUGCACAAUAUCGUGUCUCCGUGCUGGAAUGGGCCAAACAGUUUGUCGCUAAGCAAAGAGAAAGAAGUCAUGGUAAUAGUGGAAGUGACGAAGGAUCCGCAAUCGAUAUUACUAAGUGGUUAUCUUGUAAACAUGCAAAUUCACAAGAAUGCAGUUCUUUGGAAAAGUUGAACGGACGAAACGCAAAUAAAGAUAACGUAUCUCAGAAUGAACCUGCAUACCAGCAGGAUGACAAUUACCAAAAAUACAAUCAAAAUUAUCAGAAUAAUGACCACCAAAGAGAUAACCACGGAUACCAAAAUUACUGUAAACGAAAUGACGACGUUUGGAGUGACGAGAAAAAGGAAAACGUUGUUGGAUAUUUGAAUGAUAGGACAUAUCAAAAUAAUAAUAUUACAUAUAGUGGUGGUUAUCAUCAAGCUACUUCUAAUAUCAAUCGUUCCAAUCACAAUGCUCCAGAUAUAGGUUUGAUUUUUCUUUUCGUGAUUUAGAUUCGAGAGAACAAACUCAACGAUAUGUUGAAUCUAAAGACUUACGAAAUUAUUA